CUACAAAUUGUAAAUGGCUAUCUUCAAACCCUUACAAAGACCCUUGAAGGGCUAUAAUUGUAAAGUUCUGAUUUCUAAACAACCAAUUGAGUAAUUCUCAAGCUAGCCCAAAUAAACAUCCUCUAGUCAGGUUAAUUUAAAAGAUUUGCUCCAAAAGAAAAGAAAUCCAACUCUAUUAAUCGCCAAGGGAGAUUUCUUCGAAGCCAAGUUUGGCCAAUUGAAGGAUUUGGAUAAGACAUACAAAUCAUAAGUCAUCAACUACAAGGAGUUUGAAAUUGAUUUAAGGUGGGAGUCCUAAUGCAUAAAAGGUAUGAAUCUAGACUUGAAAAUAGGUAGAUGUGUGAAGAACCAAGAAUUCCCAUUCCAAAUAGGAUUGGGUUAUUAUAUUAGGGAUUUGGAUUAGAUAUUAGAAGCACAUUAGGAUUGGGUUUUUCCCCUUUAUCUAUAAAAAGGGAGCUUUGGCCAACAAAAAGGGGAAGGAAAAAUUGCAGAGAUUGAGAGAUUUCUUAUCCAGAAAUCAAGUGAAAGGAGCGAAAAAAAAGAAAAAAAAAAACAGAAACAGAGUGGAAAAGCAAGGUAAUAUAGGACAAAAAAAAAAAAAGAAGUAAAGGGAAGGGUGUGGCGAGGUGUGAAGUAGAGAAAAUAUCAAUCCUUAUUAUUAAUAGCGCUUCCAAGGUAGCCUUAAUGGGCUGAGGUGGCCAAAACGACAAUCAUAGUUGCCGUUUUAUCAAUAUGUUUCUAUUUGUUUUAUGCUUCUACUGUUCCGAAUGGGUUUAAAUUUGUUUUAUGCUUCUACUGUUCCGAAUGGAUUUAAAGCAAUAUAUUCAGAGGCGUCGCUGCGGUAUUCUUUGCAUAUGUUGGAUUUGAUGCCGUUGCUAAUUCAGCUGAAGAAUCAAGGAAGCCUCAGAGGCGCCGCUGCGGUAUUCUUUGCAUAUGUUGGAUUUGAUGCCGUUGCUAAUUCAGCUGAAGAAUCAAGGAAGCCUCAGGAAUCUUGGGAAGCUUGCUUAUAUGUGAUGGAUUAUACGUUGGAGUUUGCUUGGUGAACACCGGGUUGGUUCUCAAAGAUGAGUAUUUACUGGAAUUGCUAGCUAUUUCAAAGAUGAGUAUUUGUUGGGUUGGUUCUCAAUUGUUUUCAUCUUCUUUUUCUAUUUACAUAUCUGCAGAAAGAAUUUCUUUUCCUUCUUUUUGGCUAAAUUUUUACAAACAAAAAAAAAAAAAAUUACUCUUGCUUUUGUUAAACAGAAAUGAAAAAGGGUAAAGAGUAUAAAAGCAGUUUCACAGAAGCAAAACGAUGGUGAAAUGGGCUUCCAACGCAGGGUAAAUGGGCUAAGAUAGCCCAAAACGACUUUAAAUAUAGUCCAUUUCACCAAAAUGACUGAGAAAAACCCGACGUCCCAAAACGACUUAAAAAUCUUCAAUUUACUGCGUUUCCUUCAUAUUAUCAUCAUGAUCGCCAUUUCCCGCUCUGCCAUUUUUCCUGAACUGUUCCUAAAUUUCAGUAUUAUGCGUUUGCUUCAUAUUACUUUUCAACUGCAGAAAACUACCCAUUACAUGCGCCUUUAUUUCAUCCAGUUUCUGUUUAGAAUUGUGUUUGCUUUCGAACAAUUGAAAUGGAAAAAGGAAGAGAGUAUAUCAGCACUUUAGUCAAGAAUAAAUCUGGAACUAGAAUACGUAUUUGAUUAAGUCGAAUUUGGAAUGCAGGUACUGAUGCUAAGGAUGAGAAAGAUUUGGGUCUUGAUGCUAUGGCAAUAGAUGAGAAGGUGAGGA